AUGAUCGCGCAUACGAUUAUUCGUCAAGGAGGAAGGUUUCAAGUACAUGAACUCACAAAAGAAUAUAAUGGUUCUGAGGAUACUCAUGAUUUUGGGUCUUUAGAAGAAAAAUUUUUUGAAGAAGUUAAUGAAAUACAGGGAGAAAAAUAUUUUCGACCAACUUCAAAGAUUUUUGAAAAGUUUCCUCCUACUACUCCUACACCUACACCUAAUGCUAAUUUUUUCACUAUCUACUUUGAUUCUGUUAUGUUCAAAAUAAAUUAUCCACAUUCCAUUUCUAUAUCUAUGUUACAAAUUUUGCAAUUAUGUUUAGUAGAUACAAUUUCAGAUCUAUCGCAAAAAUUUCCAAGUAAAUAA